GACUCCUGGAGCGUGCGGAGGAUAUGCAUCUCGUUAAUGCGUAACGCGUUUGGCUAAUUUCGCGUUUGCUUUCGAAGUCCAGUGGGGUUCACUGCUGUCAACAACUCUUCCUGUUUGUCAAGGAGUAUCUUCGGGGAAAAAAAAGGAGAAAUUUGUACUUGUUAAGAGCGCUCUGUGAAGCGACUCUGAUAUUGAGGAAUGGUUGGAGAGAAGAUGCUGCUGUUACGGCGGCACACGCGAAGAGGCUGAAAACAGAAGAAAAGUAAAACAGGGCACAGAGGUUCCAGUCUGGACAAAGACGGCAUUCUUUUUACCUUCAAUUGAAUGUGAGCUCCCGCUGACCUCCAAUAUUUCAAAUGGGGUUGUCAUGGAAACUGCUGGUGCUGCAAUUAUUCAUAGGGUGCCUUUCAGAAGGCAGUGGUCUUCUGAGGCCAGUAUUUACCAAACAGCCGGGAAGUAUUGUGUUCCCUCUACAUCUUAAUGAGCCCAGCCGGGAGGUCACCUUCAGCUGUGAGGCCCAGGGACAUCCACCGCCAUCAUACAGGUGGAAAAUGAAUGACAGCUUCAUUUCCCCUCAACCUGGCUCUCGAUACAGCAUCUCAGGUGGAAACCUGCGAAUCAGUCAGCUCAAUAAAGAAGAAGAUGCUGGUAUUUACCAAUGUCUGGCCUCCAACUCUUUCGGGACCAUUCUCAGCAGAGAGGCUAGUCUCCACAUUGCUUAUCUGAAUGAGUUUAAAGCCCAGAGAAGAAGUCCAGUAAGUGUCAGAGAGGGACAGGGUGUGGUUCUGCUCUGUGGUCCCCCACCGCAUAUGGGAGAGCUGACCUUUUCCUGGAUCUUCAACGAAUAUCCCUCGUUUGUGAAGCAGGACAUGCGCCGCUUUGUGUCACAAAAAACGGGCAAUCUGUACAUCGCUAAAGUGGAGCCUUCAGAUGUUGGGAACUACACUUGUGUCGUGACCAAUACAGUGACCCAAAGCAGAGUGCAGGGACCUCCCACACCACUUGUGCUCCGCAGCGAUGGCAUUAUGGGAGAAUAUGAGCCAAAAAUUGAGGUUCAGUUCCCAGAGGUCUUGGCUGUUGCUAAGGGGCUGACGGUCAAACUGGAGUGCUUUGCUUUGGGAAAUCCAGCUCCUGCAAUAAGCUGGAGAAGACCAGAUGGAGUUCCGUUUCCCAGAAAAGUGGACAUUAGCAAAUCCAGUGGGGUGUUGGAGAUUCCUUAUUUCCAACAAGAAGACGCAGGACAGUAUGAAUGCUUGGCGGAGAACUCGAGGGGCAAAAACACAGUCAAGGGACGACUCUCCUUCUAUGCGCCCCCUCAUCUGGUGGAGAACCCCCAGGAUGUCCACAAGGCAAUCGAUGAAUCGCUGCUGUGGGACUGUAAGGCAAGUGGCAAGCCCAAACCCUCCUACAGGUGGCUCAAGAACGGAGAGCCGCUGGAGUCAUAUGAGGACAGAAUCCAGGUUAUAAAUGGGGCAUUGUCCAUCAGCAGUCUAACCCUGUCAGAUACAGGGAUGUACCAGUGCAUCGCUGAGAAUCGACAUGGCCGAGUGUUUGCUAACGCUGAACUCAAAGUCAUCGCAGUGGCUCCAGAUUUCUCCAACAGUGUGCUGAAGGCACAGACAUUGGCUCGGCAGGGUGGAGAUGUUCUGAUUGAGUGCAGGCCCCGCAUGUCCCCACAUGGGAUGAUCUCCUGGAGGAAAGGCAAAGAAGCACUGCGAGAGAGCCAUAGAGUCUCUGUGUUGGAUAAUGGCAGUCUCCGGAUAUCCAACAUCUCAAAACUCGAUGCAGGUCUCUACACUUGUGUGGCGAGAAACCAGUUUGGAAUGGCAAGCAGUGCUGGUACACUAGUAGUCAAAGAGCCAACCAUCAUCACUUCUAAAGCUACCCAGCUGGAUGUUACAGUCGGGGAGAGUGUCGUUAUUCCAUGCCAGGUGUCUCGGGACCCUUCUCUUGAUGUGAGAUUCACCUGGUUUUUUAACGAGCAGUUGAUCAAUUUUGGAGGCCACGGAGGAUAUUUUGAAAAAGUUGGUGGGACAUCUUCUGGUGACAUUAUGAUUCGUAACAUUCAGCUAAGGCAUGCUGGAAGGUACACAUGUGCAGUACAGACUAAAGUGGACAGUGCGUCUAUCGCAACAGAUGUGGUGGUACGAGGUGCCCCUGGCCCACCGCUGGACAUCAGGGUUGAUGAGGUCACAGAGACCACAUCCUUUGUGUCCUGGAGACCAGGCCCUGACAACCACAGUCCUGUCUUUGCCUACAACAUUCAGAUCAGAAGCCCCUUCUCUCUCGGCUGGCAGGCUGCCAAAACAGUUCCAGAGUCUCUGGGAGGAAAUCAGCUGACGGCUCGUGUGGUGGAGUUGAGUCCAUGGGUUGAAUAUGAGUUCAGAGUCUUGGCCACUAACUCCGUAGGCACCGGGGAACCUAGCAAGCCCUCACAAAAAAUUAAGACCAAAGACACAUUGCCAAGGAUAACCCCAGCCCGAGUCAGUGGAGGAGGUGGCAGUCGCUCGGAGCUUGUCAUUACUUGGGAGCCAGUCCCAGAAGAGUUGCAGUGUGGUCCGGGUUUCGGCUAUGUGGUGGCUUUUCGCCCACUUGGUGGUCAGAGCUGGAUGCAGGCUGCCGUGACCUCCCCUGAUGCAUCCCGAUAUAUAUUCAAAAACGAGAGCAUCCCUCCAUUCUUUCCAUUUCAUGUGAAAGUGGGGGUUUACAACAAUAGAGGAGAAGGUCCUUUCGGACCCAUGACCACUAUAUACUCAGCAGAGGAGGAGCCGAAUCAUGCCCCUGGACGUGUACGUGGCAAGAGCCUGUCAGCCUCAGAAGUGGAGGUCAGCUGGAAGCCUCUACCAUGGAGCACCAGCAGGACACGCAUUAUUGGCUAUGAGCUGAGCUACUGGAGUGCAAAGGAGAGGCCAGACACAGCCAGUGUGAUGAGGACUGUUGGAAACAGGACAUCAGUUGUCAUUCGUGGGCUGGAUCCCAGUAGUACAUACUACAUCAAACUCAAAGCCUAUAACAGUGCCGGUGUGGGGCCUGAUAGUGCUGUGGUCAACGUCACCACCAGGAGACCACCACCAAGCCAGUCUCCAGUGAAAGUUAUGUGGAAUACCACAGACUCCAAACUCAUCCUCAAGUGGGAUCAGGUCAAGGCCCUGGAGAAUGAAUCAGAAGUUAUGGGCUAUAAGGUCAUGUACAAGCGAAGCAGACAGAGUCGUCCCAGCGUGGUGGAGACAAACAGCACAUAUAUUGAGCUGUCUCUGCCUUUGGACGAGGAUUACAUCAUCCAGAUUAAACCAGUCAGCGAGGGAGGAGAGGGGAGCAGCAGCAAACAGAUUACCAUCCCCAGGAUAGCAGUUGCACAUGUGAUUGGAUUUGCCCCAGAGAGGAAAGCACUACCAGUACUCAUAACACUAGCACUCUGCGGUAUGGUCAGGACUUUAUUAUGACAGAAGAACCAAACUCUACAGUGAAGAGAACUGUACAAACAUUUACAAGUGGACCCACUUGUCCUCAGAUGGAAAGUGUUCCUCUGGCUUUUUAAGUUUGUUAACCCAGUUGUGAUUACUGACACCAAAGCUGCUGCCGAGACAAUGGAGUAAGAGCUAUUGAAUUGUUUUUGGAUUUAUAUAUAUAUAUAUAUAUAUAUAUAUAUCUUUUAUUUAUUUAUUUUUUUCCAUAUAAAUGUGGUUUCCAAGUUGGUACUGGAAAAUCAAUAUGCAUAUGACAUUAAGGAUUCACAUGCAAGGACAUCUGGUUUAAAUGAAUCCAUAUCCAUCCAUUGGACGGUUGGCAGUGGAGAACACACAAAUGCCUAUCUUGGGACUACUUAAUGAACUCCUUUGAAGAGAAUCCCUACUGCCAUACCUCACAGACAUUUUCAUUAUAAGGAAUUUGAUCUAACCUGAUCUUGCUCAUCAAAACAUUUCAGUCAAAUCAGACAGAGUUUACAGUCCUGCAGUGUUGACAUGCCCCGUUCCUGUCUGAACGACAAAGCUAAUGCUGUUGGCCUUACCUAUACAGAAAAAGAGCUCACUGGUCGUUCUUUCAGUCAAGCACUGAGAUCUUUGUUUUGCUAGUGUGUGCCUCUUCGAUGAGUAACUGUAUGUAAGAUAUCCUCAGGAACAGAACAGCCUUAAAUAGUCAUUAUCUCUUUUGUUUAUUUGUUCAUUUGCAAUUCCAUUCCUUUGAUGGUGUAUAUUGAAUAAUAUUUUGAUAAGUAAUAGCUGUGUUCAUUGAAAUACCUAUGACAUAAUGCUUACAUUCCAUUUUUUUUUUUUUUUUUUUUUUUUGUUUGUUUGUUUUUUGUUUUUUUAAACUGUUUAGCAUGAACUGGCUCUGUAGUGGCUUGAAAUACAAUAUUUAACUGACUGUCUGCUUUUAAUAAACAAAACAACACAAGUAAAGUUUAAGAUUUCUGGAGGGCAGAAAAGGUUUUUUAAGCUUAAGGUGUCCAUUUCAUAGUGAUUUUAAAGGGGUCAUGACAUGACAAAUCAAAUGUUCCUUGAUCUUUUGACAUAUACGAGGUAUUUUUAGUAUAAAAACAUACUGUAAGUUUCA